GAUGAUAGAACUUUAUUACGUUUAACUGGUGUAUCACAUUAUAGACCAUAACUAUUUAUUGUAACGCAUCGAUUCAUUCAGUAGUAUUAUUUCAGGAAAGAUUUGAAAUGGGAAAAGCUGUCCGAGCGCUUUACUGCCUGCUGUUGAUGCUGGGAGUUGUUACAGGACAAGCAGGGAGUGCUGGGCGAGCUUUACCAAACUGGCUCACUGGCAUCAUCGCUGUUGCUGUGUUUCUCUUUCUGGUCUUUAUCACCUUCCUUGUCAACAAAGCCUGGUGUGAGGACUCAAGUAACAGCCAGGUGGAAAAGGUCACUGUAACAGAAAACGAAUAUUCCAUGACCAUCACAAAUCUUGAAUCGGUCAGGAGUCAGGAGUACGAUGGUGCUUAUGAAAAUGUAAUUAUUCACAAAUCUGAAGAAAACGUGACAGCCAUGUGAAUUUGAGAAAGUGGUCAACAGGCCGCUGGAUGCAGUGUGGCAUCUGUUUAAACCAGGUGUAAACUCUAAUCCACCUUAGUGAUGUUAAAGAUUUCAUUAAUGUUUUUCUUGCACGUUUAUACACUUACACACAUUUAUGGAUAUAUGUACACAUAUGGGACAAUUGAAAAUAAAUUUGUUGCCAGUCAUCACACUAUGUGUUAAUGGGUUAAUCAGUGGACUGAAUAAUCAUACGCAAAGGUUAAACACAUGAAUGUGUAUUUAUAUGAAUGUAAAUUGAUUUUAUUUAUUAUUUCUCUGCAGAAUUGUAAUUGAAGAUAAUUUCAUUUACAGAGAAUACACUGGCUAGAACAGCCAUAUAUUUUUCUUGUAUAACCCUCGUGUCUUUAAUGUUCUCAAUACAGUGAACACAACAACAAAGUCAGUUAUUCUUUAGCAUUUUCUACAAGACUAAUAAUGUCAAAUGUUCAAAUAAUGUGAUGCACUUUAGAGCAGAGAUUCUCAACUACAGUCUAGGAAAGCCUUCAAAGUUUACCUGAUUCCAAUACACCUGAUCUGACUAACAAGUGUGACUGACAAGGGUUUAAUAAUGAACCGGAUAAGGUGGAUCCAUGUUUGGAGUUAGUAUUAGUUCCUGUCAUCACUUACGUUAUUGCAGCUUUAAACACUCGUUCCUCAACAGCCUCUUUUUUUCUCAUUCUUGAAGCAAAAAUGCAGCCUGUCAUUUUACAGAGAAACCGCAAAGUGCAAAGACUCUACGGUGGCAGAAAACUUAAAGUUACAGAUUUACCUCUGUCUGUUGCAAAGUGCUGACACCGAACACUCCAUAAACGCUAAAUAUAAACAUUUCCUCACAGAAAAAAAUUACACACAUUUUCAAAUCCAUUUACGUGGAGCAUCUGCCGUACAAGUCCCUAGUCAUUACAAUAGAAAUGAUUAUAAUUGGUGGAUUAAUAUAAACCUUGUGGCCAGAGUUGUUGUCUGAGGCAUGUUGUUAGAGAAAAUGAAAUCAACACCUUCUAUUCAUUCAGAAUUAAACAUUCGACACUCCUGUGGUAUAAAGAAUGUAAGUGUAAAUGAACAAAGAGAUCAAGAGGGUAAAUGUAGAUAUCAGGUUUAUUAGAUCAUCUCUCAUUAUCUAAUAUAAUGAAUCUCAACAUAGUUUCUUUGGGAUUUGACAUUACAUGAUCAUUUCACAAAGACUGACCAAUGAACGAAACAUUUCCAGUUGAACAGUUAACAUUUGGAAGAGAGAGAGAGAGAGAGAGAGAGAGAGAGAGAGAGAGAGAGAGAGAGAGAGAGAGAGAGAGAGAGAAAACAA